AUCAUCAUCGCCAUUCCUCUUCACCGCAAUCCUGGCCAUUGCGGGUCGUUACUAUACCGCUUACCGGGAGAAGCAAUUCACCAGGUCAAACCUGCCACCCAUUGCCGGUAGCGCCCUCGCAGCCCUCGCAGACCUCGCCUGUGCGCACCUCGGAUUUAUCUUCGGCCGUUUCACAUCGCUCAAGCUCUGGCCAAGCCUUGGUCGUACAUGACCUCGUACAACAAGCUCAACGGCACCCAUUGCUCCGAGCAUGACUGGCUGUUGAGAGGUCUUCUCCGAACCGAGUGGGAGUUUGACGGACUCGUCAUGUCCGACUGGAUGGGGACAUAUUCUGUUGCCGAGGCGAUUAACGCUGGGCUUGAUUUGGAGAUGCCCGGGAAGCCCCGAUGGCGCCAACUGCCGCUGGUCCGGCAGUUGAUUAAUGCUCAUAAGAUCGCGCCGGCGACAAUCGACGAGCGGGUGAUAGCCAUCUUGAAAUGCGUCCAAAAGCUUGUCGUGCUCAACCCUGACACUGUUUACGGCCGCGAUGACUCGGUAGAAUGGACGCGAACGGAAGACCAGGCAACAGAUGCGGCGCUGAUACGGCGUAUCGGGAACGAGGCUAUCGUAAUGCUGAAGAACGAAUCGUCCGUGCUCCCUAUCCGCCGUGGCAAAGUAGCAGUCAUUGGUCCCAACGCCAAGAAUGCUGUCAUUACAGGCGGCGGCAGUGCGAGGCUUCGACCAGCCUGGUGUGUCACACCAUGGCAGGGAUUAGUUGACCACAGACCUGACGAAGUGGAUUUACGAUACACCCUUGGCUGCAAGGGCUCCAAAUUUCUACCCGUCUUUGGUGAGGAAUUUACCAGCAUGGAUGGUAGCACCCGCGGCUUUGAUAUGCUUCACUACGCUAUUGUCGACGGCAAACAGGCCAGCCAGCCAGCCGUCUCUGAGGUCUGGACCAACUCAGACAUCAUGCUCGCUGACUUUAGCCACCCGGACCUUGGCGAUGACUACUUCACCGAGAUCCGAGCUUUGUUCACCGCACCAAUUACCGGUGACUGGCAAUUCGAGAUCAGCGUCACUGGUCAAACUUGGGUUUAUAUCGACGAGAGACUAUUGGCCGAUUUAUCGAAAGAGCAGAAGCGGUCCUCAUCAUUCUUUGGAAACGGAGGCAAUGGUACUGUUAUUACGUUCUCGGUUACUAAAGGCAAGGUCUACAAAUUCCGUCUCUUGCACGACUCCAGAAAACCGCCACUAGCUCCAGGUCAGGACGGCCAGCCAUUACAGCUCAUCGGCAUGAAACUUGGCUCCUUCCCCGCUAUCAAUGAGGACCGAACGAUAGAUGAGGCCGUAGAGCUCGCCAAAGAGUCUGACAUCGCCUUCUUGGUGGUUGGGUUAGACCAGGAUUGGGAGUCGGAGAGCUAUGACCGACCAAACUUAGCUCUCCCUCUCCGUAUGAACGACCUCAUCCGUCGCGUCGCGACCGAAGCACCAAACACCAAAAAGGUCGUCAUCUUGCAGACAGGUUCCGCCGUAUCCAUGCCAUGGCUGGAACAUGUCGACACCGUCCUGUGGCCCUGGUACGGCGGGAACGAGGCUGGAAAUGCCAUCGCUGAUAUCGUAUACGGAACGGUCAACCCUUCCGGACGAUUGCCCAUCACCUUGCCGAAACGAGAGCUCGACAUUGCUGCAAGCCUCAACUUUAAGUCGGCACGAACCAAGACCUACUACGAGGAAAGUGCCUGGGUCGGCUACCGUCCCUUCAACGCCCCCGGCAUCGAACCCAUGUAUCCCUUCGGUCACGGCCUAUCAUAUACUACCUUUGAGUAUUCCGACCUCGCCGUUUCACCGUCCGCAUCAUUCUCUCCUGACUCAUGGCACAUCUCUGUUUCUGCCAGGGUGACCAACAUUGGCACGGUCCCUGGUGCUCAUUCUGUUCACUUCUACACUAGCCCACCUCCACCAACAAUGACUUCCCUCACGCAUCCUGAUGUCACUCUGCAAGCGUUCGCCAAGACCGCUGUACUUGUACCCGGUCAGGCAGGCCGAGACGGUCACCGUGGAGAUGGACAAAUGUAAGUGGACUGAGACUUGAUGGCCUUGUUACUCGCUGAUGAUUAGAGCAGUCGCAAUCUCCCACUGGGAUGAACUGACUUCGACAUGGCAAGCCGAGCCUGGGCA